AUGUCGUCGAGCGAGUAUAGUGUUAUACAUAUUGGGAUUUUUAGCAUUGAAAUGGAUAACAAAGGGAGUGUGUUGAUGGAAAGAUAUGAGUUGGGGAGAUUACUAGGCCAAGGGACGUUUGCAAAGGUCUACUAUGCAAGAAGUCUCAAAACUGGGCAGAGUGUGGCCAUUAAAGUAGUAGACAAGGAAAAGGUUUUGAGAGUUGGACUCGUGGAUCAGAUCAAGCGAGAAAUAUCUGUCAUGAGACUUGUCAGACACCCUAAUAUAGUGCAACUUUUUGAAGUCAUGGCCACCAAAGCCAAGAUCUAUUUUGUCAUGGAAUAUGCUAAAGGCGGUGAGCUCUUUGAUAAGGUGGCUAAAGGAAAGCUAAAGGAGGAUGUUGCUCGAAAAUAUUUUCAGCAGCUGAUCAACGCUGUUGAUUUCUGCCACAGCAGGGGUGUCUAUCACCGGGAUUUGAAGCCAGAAAACUUGCUAUUAGAUGAGAAUGAGAAUCUGAAGGUUUCCGAUUUUGGGUUAAGUGCCUUUGCUGAAUCAAAGCGCCAAGAUGGGCUGCUUCACACAACUUGUGGGACCCCUGCAUAUGUUGCUCCUGAAGUGAUUAACAGGAAAGGCUAUGAUGGAGUCAAAGCUGAUAUUUGGUCAUGUGGGGUAAUACUAUUUGUUCUAUUGGCUGGUUAUCUUCCAUUCCAUGAUUCAAAUUUAAUGGAGAUGUAUAGGAAGAUAGGCAAAGCAGAGUAUAAAUGUCCCAAUUGGUUUCCACCUGAAGUACGCAGGCUACUGUUGAGAAUAUUGGAUCCAAAUCCAACAACUAGAAUCUCGAUCUCAAAAAUUAAGGAGAAUUCUUGGUUCAAAAGGGGAUUGAACUCUAAACCAAUAAAAACUGAUACAGUGAACAAAGAAAUGGCUUCUUCAAAUGCAGAUGCAGCUUCUAGUUCCUGUGGAAAUAGUGCUGUGGCUGCUCAAGAUAAACAAGAGUUAGUGAGGCUUUCAAACUUAAAUGCGUUUGACAUCAUCUCCCUGUCUGCUGGCUUUGAUCUAUCUGGACUGUUUGAAGAACCUUGUCUGAAAAAAGAAGCAAGAUUCACAUCCUGGCAACCUGCCUCAGUUAUCAUCUCUAAACUAGAAGAAGUUGCUAAACGUCUGAGACUAAAGAUGGGGAAAAAGGAUGGAGGGCUGCUAAAGUUCGAGGGAACAAAGGAAGGUAGGAAAGGAAUCUUGUCAAUUGACGCAGAGAUCUUUGAGUUCACUCCCUCCUUUCAUCUGGUGGAGCUCAAGCAAUCUAGGGGAGAUACAUUGGAAUAUCAGGAGCUGAUGAAAGAGGGUAUAAGACCUGGUCUUCAAGAUAUUGUUUGGGUUUGGCAAGGUGAGCAACACCCAGAGCAACCACCACAAGAACAGCAUCAGCAACAACUAUCAGAGCAACCACCACAAGAACAGCAUCAGCAACAACUAUCACAGGACGAGUCACAACAACUAUGA